GGGCGCUGGAUGGUCACAAAACACAGGACUUCGGAGAUCGGUGUUCAGAACUGCAUUUUAAGACAAAAUGCACGAACAGCUCCUGCAGUUUCCUGACAGUCUUGUAGAAAACCGUCCUGCACGGUGAUCCUGAAGGAGGUGCUGCAGCUCCGCUCCCGGAGCCCCACACCGCCCCCGCACAGUCAUCCUUUCCUGAGCAGACAGCGCCAUCCUGCGGCCUGUUGGCGGUCAGCACCGGGAAGGUGGAGCCAAACCUGUUGGCGCUGGGAGUUUUGAUCGGGAAGUGAGGCCUCCAUAAACAUGGUCCUAGAGGAGCUGGUGGUCCGUCUGAACGACAGGGAGUACAAAAACUGGCUGAAGGCUGGCCGGUGUCUGCUGAUCCUGAAGGAUGGCCUGCACCCCUUCAUCAGCCACAGCAUGAGAGCUUUCCACGCAGACCUGCUCAACCAAAACACCCUGCUGAGGAAACCCUGCGAGACUUCAGCGUGCAAACCCAGAGGAAACAAGCUCUCCUCAUCAUGCCGGGUGUGUUCAGAAUGGCAGACAGUGAUCCUGAGACACCACAGAAACCCAGAUGCCACAGUGAACUGGGACAACUGUGUCCCUCCCAACUGGAGGACAGACCACUGGGAACUGGCCAAGGCCUACAUGCCACGAGGUCAGGGGAAAGUGAGGAGUGCAGAUCAGUGUGACGCCUCUGCUCUGCUCAACCUAAUCAACUACUGCGACUGUUUCCGCUCCGUCGAUCCCAAAUUUGUUAGAGAGGUGAUCCGUUUCAGGAACGAGUUGAUGCAUUCCUGUGAGUUUCGUGUGAAGGAUGAAUGGGUCCGGCGCUACCACACCGCUGUGAAAAAUCUCGUACGGCAGUUCAGCCACGUGCCUCAGAUGGCAGCAGUUGGACGACAGAUCGAGGAGAUGCUGACCGUUGAUUUGUCAAUAUGUGUCUCUGGUUUGGACCACUUGGAUUCUCCAGUCUCGGAUGGAUUAGAGUGUGAUUCUGUCAGCCAAUGGGAGAGCAGCGCUGACUUAAUCAGCCAAUGGGAGGCUGAGCUGCUGCGUGAGACGCUGCAGGAGUUACUGCAUGCUGCUGCGGUUGAUACAAAGACACAGGACACGGAGCAGCUGAAGAGGCUCGGCGGUUUCCUGCAGGCCAACAGAGACCUGGGCGAGCGGUUUUCUGCAGAACUCCAGGCCAUCAACUCCCUGGAGGCCGGACAGCGUUAACCAACAAGUGGAGCGUGUUGUGUGUCAACAUACUGAACCCGAAAAUGAAAGUUACAGAGGGAUGAAGACGAUAACAGAAGAAAAGUCAUCCACAAUUAACCCUAGACUGACUCAGUAAAUGUUUUCUAGGCGGAUUUAACCCUUUGAAAACUGGGCAAAUUGGUUUGAUAU